AUGUCUGAACAAAUUAGUACCGAACAUGCUCAUCAUCAGGAUGAAUCCAAGCCAAUGGAGGAGAUCAAGGAGUCUGGAUAUGAGGGCUCGCCAGAGUCCUGGAAGGAGAAGGGUGAGCCAAGUGGAGACCAACCAGAGAAGCACAAGAAGAAGUUCCCAAAUCCAGUGACCGCCGUCAAGGAGAAGGUCCAGGAGAUCCAAGAGAAGUCUCAGGAGAAGGAGAGGGAGAAGGAGAAGGAGAAGGAGAGGGCCCAAGAUAGACAGUCCCUUGAGAGGUCCCAAGAGAAGUCCCAAGAGAGGGAGGGUGGAUUCUUCCACUUUAUGAGAUCAAAAAAGCUUACCGAAAGCCAACUCCUACAACAACAAGAGAGGGAGAAGCUGGACAAGAUGGCCAAGGAUGUCAAGAUCAUGGUUGAAAACCUGCACUCGGCCAUCAUGACAUCUCAUCAGCAGGACCCUUCGACCAGGUUCGACUACACCCUCCCGACUCACUUUGAGACCGUGCUCGAGCAACUGUCCGUCAUCUACGGAUCCUCUGGUGACCUCGACAAGAUCCUCAGGAGACAUACCAAGGAGGUGGAGAACAGCAACCAUGACCGUCACAAAUACUGGAGCUUCUGGGCCAGGAUCCUCCAUGAGCGCACCGAUCGCUUGGACAUGUUCAACAACUCCAGAUUCAUCGCCGCGUCCCUCAAUUCUGCAACCAAUUUCAAUGUCAAUGAAACCGAGGUACUUGCCUUCAAGGAUCUACUCACAGUGGCCUUCAAUACCGAGGUAGAGGUUGAGCAUGUCUUGGAGCUUGUGACACUCCUCAAGCGAACACAAGCAAUUGGCUUUGUAACAGACGAGAAUGAUCGCAAUAUCCGAGAGGUGAUCGAGAUAUUGAAGAGACCCAUUGAGACUGACUCGAUGGAUAUCAUUGAGGCAGUCUACCGUGAUAUGGACAAGGGCCAGAGGAAGUUUGAUGGUAUGCUGGACACGUGGCAGAAGCAGAGGGGAGAGGUCCUUGAAAAGUUUAAGGAAUCGUCCACCAAGUAUCAGAAGUCCUUUGAGGGCAGGAAGAAUGAGAUGACCCAGCUGGAGAAGGAUAUCCAACAAUCCCAAGACACCAUCAGAGCCAACAACAUGGAGAUUGAAAAGUUGGUCGACAAGAUGGACGAGCUGAAGAGGCACAACAGCAGACUGGAGAACAGACUCGUCAAUGAUAGAAAGUCCAUCGAAGUCAAGAACAAGGAGGACAAAGCGGAGAUCACCCUCAAGAAUGAUCUCGAUGGCCACAAGUACAGAAAGGACACUGUGGUCAGGUUCGUUGGCAACUUGGAGAUCAUGGACCGUGGCCUCAAGACAUCAGUGAUCAAUCACAAGAGGACCAUGCUUGAGAACCUUGAGCGAUGCAUUGAGAACUUGAAGGAGAGAAUGAGACGUUCUGGAGAUGACAUCACCAAGCAACAACAGUGUGAGAAUGAGUUCAAACGUAUUGAGGAGUUCUUUGCAACCAAGUUCCAUCUGGAGAGCAAGGAUGAGAAUGACGAACUUGGUGGCAACUGGGAGCGUGUCAAGAUCAGCCUGGACCAGUUCAAGAACCCUCACGUACACCACGAGAAGAUGGACAUGCCAAAGUCCAAGGAGUCGUCGUCUUCGUCGUCGUCAUCGUCCCACCUCGAGUCUCAACAGUUUGAGAAGCAACAGGAACAGGAGGAGCAACACGAGCACAGGAACUCACCUGUUCAAGAGCACCAUGGUGAGCAACCUGAGCACCAUGGCUCUCCACACCAUCACCAUGAGCAUCAUGGCUCCCCACACCAUCAUGGUGACCAUGGCCAGCACCAAUCAUGA